UCUCUACUGAACAUUCCAGGACGCGUGGAGAAGAAUCUCCAGCUUCAGCUGAUGCGCGUCCACGCACCCGUACCAGGCGUGCACGCCCCUGCAGCCGUGGAGCAAAACGUGGAUGAAGACAACUAAUCACUGACACAACUAAACACACAUAUUCAACGCUGAAUGUGGACUUGAAUCUCUCUUGUAACUAAUGAUGGCAGUUCAGGCUGGAUUGCAGGCUUGGUUCGGCGAGAAGUUUGAUGUCCCGUUACAGAGUCCUCGCAGCCUGCGCUCUCCCCGGCCCGGCCCGGGUCUGGCUGAUGUGUUCCAGUAUGACCAGUGGUUGGCCAAGCGGCACGAAGCCACGCUGGUGCCCAUGCAGGAGGAUCUGGCCAUCUGGCUGAGUGGCAUGCUGGGUGAACGGGUGACAGCCGAGCGCUUCAUGGACGAGCUGGACAACGGUGUCAAACUGUGUCGUCUGGUUGGAAUUCUGCAGAGUAAAAUCCCACAGGACUCGGAAGCACAGCUGCCCUUAAAGAAAAUCCAGUUCAAGAAAAACGCCUCCACUGGUUCGUUUUUCGCCCGCGACAACACAGCGAAUUUUCUGUCUUGGUGUCGUCACAUAGGAGUGGACGAGACCUAUCUGUUUGAGUCUGAGGGUUUGGUCCUGCAUAAAGAGCCGCGACAGUUGUGUCUGUGUCUGCUGGAGAUCGGACGCAUCGUCUCCAGGUUUGGGAUCGAGCCUCCGGUUUUGGUUAAACUGGAGAAGGAAAUUGAACUGGAGGAAAGUCUAACGGUGACGGAUCACUCGUCUCCAGUGAAAACAUUCACUGUGUGCUGUCAGCAUGGAGCCCUGUAUCACGCCGAUCAUGCGGACCAGGAUGACCCUCGCUGUAACUGCUCACAGAAGUUUUCCAUCGAGUAUCUGUCUGAAGGACGCUACAAGCUCGGAGACAAGAUCCUGUUCAUCAGGAUGCUCCAUGGGAAGCAUGUGAUGGUGCGUGUCGGUGGAGGUUGGGACACUCUGAAAGGGUUUCUGUUAAAAUACGACCCCGACCGCGUGCUGCAGUUCACCACUCUAGAGCAGAAGAUUCUAGCCUAUCAGAAAGGCCCGUCUGGCUCAGGCCCCGCCCACACAGUGCAGGCCGCGCAGCCCCCCACGAUGGACCCCAUCGCAGCCGUUAACCUCCUCCCAUCCUCAUCCUCCACGACGUCUGUGUCCAAAUCCAACCCACACACGCCCUGCGGCGUCACCCUGUCGCCCGCUUCCACGCCCUCAAUGCCUCGUAAGGCUUCUGCACCCAAGAAGAUUUUCCACACACCCACAGCUUCACCGAGAACCACUCCUCUUUCGUCGCCCGCCCCGAAAAGAAGCCCACUUCCCCAGACAAGGGUUUCCCAAAAAGCCCCUUCAGCCAGCUCCAGGACCAAACUGCACCUGCGUGGGUCUCCGUCUCAACCCCGCAGUCCCGUCUGUCCCGAACCCACCUGCAAGCUGCCCAAACCUUCAGCCGCACCGAAAACCAUCCAGCGCAACGCCCGCCCGCCUCCGGCCCCUGUCCGCUCGCUGAUCGCCCAGAGACGCCCUCCUUCCCCUGCCUCCGCCCUGCACUCAGAUUCCAGGAAGGGUUAUCCUGGUUCCCCUCGCUUGGCUCCGAAUGACCCCAAACAGACGAUUGCUCUCGCAAAACCUUCUGUGAAAUGCAAGAUUAAAUCUAUAGAGCAGAACACCGUCGUCGUGUCUGUCAACAUUAAAACGACCAACAGGAAACCUCUAGUCAGCGGUAACCCUCCCGUCCAGAACAGCGCCUCUAAACCAGCGCCUACGAGCUCUGGCCACAAACACAUGGCACGGACUAAACCCAGCCAACGUGACCAACCCUACUUUGAGAUGAACAGUAAGAGAAGGGGAAAGAACUAAGAACUCUGGGAUAUUUAUAUGGAUGCCACAUUAAAAAAAAAAAAAUUUUUUAUUUCAUUUAAGUGAAAAUGAGGCUGUGAUGUGUGCUGUCCAUGUAAUUCAAACAUUGACAACAUGUUUUAUUAAAGGCGAAGCUAUGAAAAUGAGACUUAAACAUGCUGCACAUCUGUCUGUAACGGCCUCGUUUUCAUUUAAAUUAAAUAUGACAUCAUCUGUUUUC